UUUCAAUAUCAUUUGUUUUCUGUAUUUUUUGCGUUAAGAAAGAAGAACACACAGAGAGUGAGAGAGAGAACAAGGCAUACAAAUGGCAGAAGAGAUUGGUGUGAGUGUACUAGGAAAGAUCGCAGAGUUGUUGCUGAUUGAGCCAAUUCAACGAGAACUUGGCUAUCUCUUCUGCUUUAACAAUAACUUUCAAGUGCUGGAAGCUAAACUCGGUGAACUAAGAAGAAAAAGAAACGAUGUACACGAUAGGGAAGAUGCAGAAGAGAGGAAGCGGAGAACCCUCGGUAAAGAAGCCGAAAAGUGGAUUAAGGAUGCUGAUGAAAAAAUUAAAGAAGCGGAGAGUCUUAUCAAUGAUAAGGCCGAGGUUCAAAAAGGGUGUUUCUCCAUCAAAUGGUGUCCUAAUAUAAGCUUGCGCUUUUCUUUGGGCAGGAAAGGGAAGAAGUUAUCUCUCCUUCUCGUCGAGCUUCUUAGACGUGGUGGUGAGCUGCCGAGCGAAGGUUAUGACUUGCCCGUGCAGCCCAGAAGCUGCUGGAGAAAGAACAAUGACGAUGAUUUGGAUUUCGAGAGUCGAACAAAGAUUAAAGAAGACAUCAUUGAGAAGUUACUGGACGAAGAAGAAACAAUGUUAAUAGGGAUAUGCGGAAUGGGAGGAGUUGGAAAGACCACUCUCGCCAAACAAGUCCUCCAAGAGGUAAGCCACUCUCAUAAGCAUUUAUUUCCAAUUGAAGUCCCAAUUUCGAAUACUCCCAAUUUCCAUGAUAUCCAAGAACAAGUCGCAAAGAUGUUAGGGUCUUCUCUAAAGGAUGUAGAGGGUAAUCCUUUAAGAGCACAACAUUUACAAAACGCUUUCACUAACAAGAAAGUUGUCGUAUUGUUGGAUGAUGUUUGGGAUAAGUUUGAUUUAAAUGAUUUUGGUUUUCCUUUUACAAAAUCAGAUGUUGGGUGUUUCUGUAAAAUCAUUUACACGUCUAGAGACAAAAAUUUAUGGCCAGAUCUGUCUCAUGAAAUCUUCUCUCUUGAAAUAUUAUUAGAUGAAGAAGCCUUGAAUUUGUUUAGAACAAAAGUCAAACUGUAUAGUGAUGAUAAGGAUUUCCAUAAGAAGAAUGAAAUAGCGAGGAAAAUUGUUGAUAAAUGUAAUGGACUUCCCCUUGCGCUUAACACAGCAGGAUGUGCUCUCAUAAAUAAAGCCACACAUCAAUGGGAUAAUAUGCGAAACCGGUUGAAGUACCACAACGAACAUAUCGAUGUGGUACAAGAGGUCUUGAAGGCGAGUUAUGACUUCUUAGAAAAACCCAAUGAAAAGUUCGUGUUCUUACUAUGCUGCUUAUUCCGAGAAGACGCAUAUAUUCCUGUUGAGACGUUGUACCGUUAUGCGGUGGGUUUGCAACUCUUCGAAAAUACGACGGACACAGAAGAAGUAAGUGUUGGCGUGCACACUAUCGUUGACGACUUAAUAAUAAAAAGUUUGCUGAUAAAGGGUAAAGCCGACGAUGACGAUGACGGAAAUCGUGUGGUGAAGAUACAUGAUGUGGUGAGGGACGUGGGAAUUUUAAUUGGAAAACAAGAACACCGUUUUAUUUCCUCACGGUUCUGGAAGAAUGGUCUAGAAGUCCUUGAUAAGAUGGAAUUUCAAGGAGGCUCAAAAAUGGAACUACUAAGGUUGGAUCAUAGUUCUUACGGAAAUAUUAAGAUAUCAGAAAAUUUAUUUAAAGAGUCGGAUAAUUUCAAAGUUCUAGAUAUAGUAAGUUGUUCGAUUUGGAACAAGAUUAGUGAGUUUCCAUUAUUUUCUUCAAAGUUGAAGAUGUUAUCCCUAGAGAAACUGGGUUUAGAUAUGACAACCAAUAUAUCUUCAAUUGGACAUAUUAAGUGUUUGGAGAUCCUUUCUCUUCGAAACACACGCAUAAAAGUUUUGCCAAACGAAAUAAGUGAGUUAACAAACUUAAGAUUGUUGGAUUUGAAUGGAUGCGAGUGUUUCAUAAGCUAUGGUGUUCUUUCGAAACUUACUAAUCUACAAGAAUUGUAUAUGUGGUGUAGUUUCAAAGAUUGGAGUCUACAACAAGAAGAUGUGAAUAGUGGAGACAGAAAUGCAGCAGGACUUCAUGAGUUAAAUUGCUUACAUAAAUUAUGGAGAUUGGAAUUGGAGAUACGGAACAUUGAACAAGUGUCGAGAGGUGUUAGACUAUUUUCUUCUUCAACGUUGUUAAAACAAUUCAAGAUAAAAAUAGGAGGAGAAAGAAAGAAUGAGAUUGAAAAUGGAAAAAGACUACUGAUGUUGGAAAAUGUUAAAGAUAAUAGCAGUUUCUUACCUGAACUUGGGUUCUUACUAGAAAAGCACAUAACUGAUUUAUAUAUAUGCGCUGAUUCUGGCAUAUGGGAGAAGAUGAGUACAAACAAAUUCAUAUCAUUGAAGAAUAUUGUGCUUAAACAAUGUGGAUCUCUUUUUCCACAGUCAACGUCAUCUAUGCAGACUUCUGAAUUUUGGCGUUGUUUGCGGCGUAUUGAACUAUAUGAAUGCAAUGAAAUGACACACUUAUGUUCUACAUCAAUAUCAAGGAAUCUCACAAAUCUUCAAGUUCUUGUUCUCAGAGAUUGUAAAAUGAUGGAAGAAGUUGUUAGCUCUUGCGAUAAGACAGAACAACUCAAUAAAAUUGAGUUCAAUGCUUUGAAAACUCUUAAGCUUCGUUACUUGCCUAGUCUAGAAUGUUUUUGUAAAAGAAUAAACGAGAUUCAUUUCUAUAAACUGAAAACAUUGAAGCUAGAAGGAUUGAAGCAAUUUAUCUUCCCAACCAAGUUGGAAAUACCUUGCGUGGAGGAGCUGAGUAUGAAAUCUAUUCCAAACAUUAAAACAUUGUGCAACAUCUUGCUACCAUCACUGCAAAAGUUGAAAAUUGAUAGUUGUGAUGACUUUCAAUAUGUUGACUUCUUUGAUAGCUUGGUGAUUUCUGAUCUUAGAAAUUUAACCAUUAAAAAUUGUACAAAGUUGAAAGGAGUAGUAGGAGUAACAACGGGGGCAGAAGAGCAGCAGAGAAAAUCAAUUGAAUUCCCUAAUUUGUCAACAUUGGAACUUGAAUCCUUAGUCGAACUCGCGAGUUUUGUCAUCGACGUCAGCAAUUUGGGUGACAAAGAGGAAAAGUCGCAAAGUGCACUAUUUUAUCAAGAUGAUUAUCAGGUCUCAUUUCCUUCUUUACAAAAGUUGGAUAUAGAUGGAUUGUCAAAGAUAAAUUAUAUAAUAGGAAGGAAAUGUGAUCAAUUAGGAGGACACGGUGAUAUUGAGGAAGACUGUGGCAGGGAAAUUCAACAAGCCAUAUUAUUAUUAUUCCCUAAUUUGGUGACAAUGGAACUUUAUGAUUUAGAGGAACUCGUGAGCUUUGUUGGAGUGAUGAACAACAAUAUGGACAACAAUUGCAAAAAUCAAAAUGCACUCUUUCAUCUCGAUGAUGAUGAGGUCUCAUUUCCUUGUUUAAGAGAGUUGAGUAUAUGGAGUUUGCCAAAGAUAAAUUAUAUAUUAGGAGAGAGAGACGGAAGUAGAAAGGGACAGAGACAUCAUCCUCCUGAUGUUGAAGAAGUAUAUAAGAUAUUUCCUGUAUUAAGACUAUUGAAGUUGUAUUAUCUAGACAAUUUAAUACAUAUGUAUGAAAUCAACCAGCAGCCAGGACUAGGAGUGCUUUUAUUUCAAAACUUGACAGACCUGAUAGUUGAUGGAUGUGGGAAAUUGAGAUAUUUGUUUUCGGAGAAUAUAGGUAGAGUCGCUGUCGAGAACCUUCGGUGGCUAUCUAUCAAUGAUUGUGGAAUGAUGGAAGUGGUGAUGAAGAAUAUUAUUGAGGAUGAUGAUGAUGAUAAGGCUGGAGGAGGAGGAGGAGGAAUUAGUCAUUUCUUUCCACUCCUUAGGCAAUUGAGUCUUUGGAAUCUAUCAGGUUUGAGGAGCUUUAGUGAAGUUGCUUAUACUUGGGAGUUGCCAUUACUAGAGGAAUUAAUAGUGAAACAAUGUCCGAAGCUAGAGGCACUCUCUCCCGGCUAUUUGGAUUCUCCAAUGCUGAAGGAAUUCAAAUAUGAUGAUGAUAGAGAUGUAUAUAAUACUUGUUGGAAAGGUGACGUUAACGGUGCAUUGCGUCAUCUAUUUAUAGGUACUCUCUCCCACUCUCUCUCUCUCAUUUAUAAGUUAUUUAUCUUAUAAAUUAAUUAAGCUUUU